AUGAAGUUCACCUUGACCGCCAUCACAGCGCUUGUCGCGCCUAUCGUUGCGCAGAGCACAACACCUGCCCCUACAUCGACCGACCCUUGGUACGGUUCCGGUCCACCAUGGGCUUCUUCUGAUCCGGCAAAAUGGUCUUCAAUCUACCAAUCACUUCUUUCCGAAGGCAAGAUCCCAUCGACCCUCACUGCGGCGCCUUGGCCGACCGGCAGUUAUGGUCCUGGUCAAGGGCCCUGGGGACCAGGAGGACCGCACGGCCCAGGUGGUCCUGGAGGACCCGGACACUGGGGAGGUCCUGACGGCCCCGGCCCGUGGGGCUCCUCAAACUGGGGUCCAUACAGCGACUGGUCCACUCGUUCAGACUGGCGCAACGGCCCUUGGACGGCAUGGUGGGGAGGCAGCGCAUGCCCCCCAUCAGACUGGCCCGGUUGGACAGCUGGACCCUGGAGUAGUUCUGCGCCAUGGACGAGCUGGAGUGGAUGUUCAGCUUCGACGACGGCAACGAGUGUUGUUACCACGACGAUUAAUGGAACAGCGGCUACCACGACUGCGUACGGACUGCAAGUUGCUGCUGCGAGUGCGAGUACCAAUGGCGAUGCGAGUACAGGAGCUGGUGAAAAGGCUACGGUGAAGAUUGGUGCUGUCGUUGGUGUCGUGCUUAUGGGAGUUGUCGUUGCUUUGUAA